AUGUCUCUCAAAUCGGGCCAAAGCGAUAAAACCGCUAUGAAGGUGAUAACGCUGGGCGAACUUGGGGUAGGGAAGACGACGUUUGUAAUGAAGUACUGUGGGGAAACGGAUAAGGACACUUUCGACUAUUUGACAAAACGAGUCAAAGUUAACAACGUCGAUUACACCGUCAUUAUGUGCGACACACAAGGAAUGGAAGAUGUGUCUUACAUUACUGCGUAUUACUAUAACGAUGCAAAAGGAAUGCUUUUGAUGUUCGACUUAUCAAACCUGAAGAGCUUAGACAACUUACAGGGGUGGUACAACACGGCAGAUAUGUACGCACCAAAAGAUGAAAGUCUGAAACCAGUUCCAAUUUUGGUCGGAACAAAGGCAGAUAGCCAGACGGAAUCCGACGAAACAAUCGAAAAUGAAAAAAACAAAAAUUUCCGAAAUUUCAAACUGUUUAAAGUCUCUUCAAAGAACGGGACGGGAAUGGACGAGCUCAUGAAUGAGCUUGUCUCGCAGAUUGUCGCAAAAUUCUUUGUGGAUAAAAAUAAAAAGCCUCAAAAGGAGAAAAGCGGCUGCUGCUUACUUGUCUAG